CAAAGAUCUUACAGGAAAGGAAUCAAAACUUCAAAAUAUCUAUGACUUUAUUGUCUCUGUUGAUAAAGGCAGACCAACAGAAUGUGAGAUGGAUUCACUAAAGUCGAUAGUGUAUGGCUUUUUACGUGGAUUGAGAGAUAGUGUUGCUGGAUUUGGACUGAUCUUCACAUAUGACACCCAAGAACCCCCAAGAUAUGUCAGUACUUCAUCUCAGGAGACCAGCUUGGCUCAGAGACGAGCUGCACAACAGGCGGAGAAGAAACAGAAGCAUGCUGAACAAAAAGAGUUAGUGCUGUGGAGGAUCCUCGCUGGUUCCAAUGUGCAUGAUUCACAUCGCUAUUGGGAGAAUGAAAAUAAUGUGCUGUAUCGCAUCAUGCAAUGUAGCAUCCUCAAUGGGCUGGUCUUUGGUCUGAGUCUACUCUUCUUUGAGUAUGUGUUGCUGCCAGGCCUCAGUGCAAUAAUGGGGCAUUUCCUAGGUAGUGGAGAAGAGAGCACCAUUUGGAAUCAUGUGCAUCCUGUGCUUAGUACCCUUUUCAACCUAUUCUGGCUGCUACCUAUCUUCAUCCUUUCUCGGAUCAUCAACACAAUCUGGUUCCAGGACAUAGCAGACAGUGCUUACCGUCAGCGACAAGGUCAGCCUCAACUCAUCAGCAGCUUGAGUAAGAUGGUGGCUGAUAUCUUCAUUUCCAUCUUUAUUCAAUUUCUGUUCCUGAUGCAGGCCAGUUUGUUGAGGAUGCUACCAAUUGCAAUUCUGAACACAUUUCUGAGUGGCCUACACUUGUGUUUGCUACAGGCACUCUAUGCCUUUGAGUACAGGUGGUUCAACAUGGGCUGGGAAUUGUACAAAAGGUUGAGCUACAUUGAGGCCAACUGGCCGUAUUUUGUUGGGUUUGGCUUCCCUCUGGCUGCCAUCACAAUGUACCCUUCUUCAAUAUACCUCAGUGGAUGCCUCUUCUCCCUGUUGUUCCCUAUCUUUAUCAUCAGUGCUAAUGAAGCCGAACCAGUUCCUAAUACAACUGGCUACCCAAUGCAGUUGUUCUCUCUGGUUGUGGGUGUAUCCAACCAAUUGAUCCACACUCUAGUCAGCCGGCAUAAAAUUCCUGCCACCCCUUGCAAGACUCGCCCUGUGCGCCGCUAGCUGGGACAUCUUCACCAUGUAGAAGAGGUGUCAUAUUAUCAACUGGAAGACUUUCUUGCAACACAAAGUACAUCCACAAACACUAUCUAAAUACAUGUAACACAGAAAAUUCAGUAUAAAGUGGAACCAUUGUUGAAGACAGUGCAAUAGUUAGGAUGAGCACGUGGAGUUGUCUCAUUGAGAAUCUUGCAAGGACCAAUUUUAAUCCUUAAAAUGAAUUUUAUUAAUUUUGUAUCCAUUUAUCAGUCAACCAUUUGUGAGUCAAUCACAAAUAAUAUUUUGUAUUCAUUGAUCAGUUAAUCAUUUGUGAGUCAAUCACAAAGCCUAUUUUUAAUUAAAAACAGAAUGUAUGAGAUAAUGGAAAUUUUUGGCAUUAAUGCCAAUAUUUGCAUGAAAGUUUAAGUUAGAUGGUCAUCCUCAACAUGAAACUUCUAUUUCAUUGAUUCAGGAGCCAGGAGAGUUUGGUACAAACUGAUACUCAAGUUGAUCACUCUCUGUGGCAGCUCUCAAUCUGUCACUCAGGCCUUCAGUAUGUGAGCUCAAUUAUAGGGAAAAACAUUUUUAUAUAUUAAAAUACAUUUUUA